GACCAAUUUGGGAAAUUCAUAGGAGAGUGGCUAGUGAGCUCAGCACAGUAAAGGGACAAACGGACAGAUAGAGUGAACUGUGGUUAGUUAUUAGGAUAUUGUUCGUUGUGUAGUAAAGGCGGCGUUUCUUUUUACUCGCUGGUGGGCGCUGGACAUAUGUAAGUUACCAUGUGUGAAGAGUACCACAAUUGAAGCCACAUAUCAGCGACGAAAGCUAAAUGAAUACCCUCCUUACAGACAAUGUACAUAAUAAUAAAUUGUCAUUUCAAGAAGUGCUGUGAAUAUUUAACCCUUCGUCGGUCCUGUCGAUUUCCUUUAUAGUCCAUUUGCAGUUUGUCCUUACCGGAACGUUAGGGGGGUGUUCUAAUAACAUAUACACACAAAUGUCAACGUCAAGAAAGUCCUUUAAGCAUUCGAAGAGAUUCGAAAGAACACAGAAGGGAUGUCUGACGUGUCGUCAGAAGAAGAAGAAGUGUGACGGUGCUAAACCAGUAUGCGAAAGCUGUUCCAAGAGAGGAUUGGAGUGUAAAUAUCCAGAGAAUAUCAGGAUCUUCAACGUCAAGUCGUUAAAAACAUCAUUGGGAUCCUCGUUUAUAGAUUCGACUUCUUCAUUCCAGAUCAAUAUGGAUGCAAAUUCAUCAAAGAGAUCCAACUCAUGUGAUCACGGGGAUCAUUUACCGAAAGAAAGUGUUCGAGACUUCUCCGCCAGUAGUCGGUCGAAUUCGACAGUGUCGACACAGUACACAUCAGCCCAGUCCUCAGUAUCACCACCAGAAACUUCGAAAGAACACAUCCAUCAACAAACACCUUCCAACCGUCGGGCGAGCAUUGACUUCAACGAAGAAGAAGACAGAGAAAAGCUGAAAAUGCUCUCAGAAAUAUCAGAUGUGAUCCAGUCAAACAACAGAACGACAAAUAGUGCGCUGUCGUUGUCAAGAAAUGGGGAGUCCAUCAAGCAGAUAUUGGAUAACAUUGCAAUAGACGUGAUAAAGAGAAGUAUAGAGUCACUAAAGUAUAUCGAUUGGGAAAAAAAUUCUUCAUACACCAGCAGCAUAUCAAGGGAAGACAACAACAUAUCCAACAUCCAUUCUCAUGGUGUGAUUUCUGACAUGAUACAGCCAUCGGUAUUCGCAUCAGAAGGUUCCAGUUCCGCUGCAAGCACAGACAAGGACUUUGAUCAGAAUAACGACGCAGAUGGUUCUUUGUUGCAGAAUUGGAGCGUUAUAAUGGAAGGGUUGAAGUUUAAGCCUGAUGAUACUGUGCCGUUACAGUCCCAUGGCCAGUCAUGGCUAACAGAUGUUGACGAUUUUUUGAAAGUGCAGGAUCACAGUUCAAUUUAAUAAUAUACAACACUCAUCUGUAACGUGGAG